AGAAGGCCACACUAAUAUUGAAUAAUACAUUUGUUCACUUUUUGGAUGAAAUAUUACUUAAUAAAUUCCAUUUUUAAAGUAAAUAUACUAUUAUUAUAUUGUUAAACGUUAAUUUUAUAUAAUUAGCUAAUUUACAUAGGCUAUUUAUGUCGACAAAAUAAAUUUAAUAUUGCCCUUUCCGUAACUUUCUAAACGGCCAUUUUUUUUUCUUUGACUAGCUUGAAGAUAAUGUGAACAUACUAUCUUCUAAAAUAGAACUAGUUUAUUUUUCUUUUUUUUUAGCGACAGAAUGGCAUCAAUAGAAAGACCUGAUGUUAUCAUCAUCUCUGAGAAUUUAAACAAUGAUUGGUCUAAUUUCAUUAAACGAUCCCUUCCGUAUUAUAUGUCGGAUGAAAUUUUAUUAGAUAAAAGAAGAAUUUUGGAAUCACAGAGCUUAAUUCAUCAUGCACAGUUAAUUCUUUUUAUUGUUUAUGAUAUAAAUCAUUCAGAUGUUCAUGAGGAAAUCACUAACAUGCUGGUUAAAAUGUAUUCGAGUUUAACUAAAGGAGCUAUAAUAAGAUUUCAUGACUCUAAUAGAUAUUUAACAAAAUUAUUUCCUAAAUGGAAAGAUUUUUUCGUCACCAACUCUAAUAAAAACAAUUUAAUUACUGACUUGACUAACAUUUUACAAGCUGCCGAGCCAAAACCACCAAUACAACAAGAACCGCCAAAACAGAAAAAACCGCCAAAACCUCCAAAACCUAAAACUAAAAGUAAACCGUUCUUGUGCAGAGCAAUACCAAAUAAAUUUUAUGCUCCCGGUCACUCUAAUAAUUCUUUAACGAAACAAGGAGAAAAUCUAGCCGUUAAUUGGACAACUAUCGUAUUUGCAGAAGAGAUACAAAAUGAAUUUAAUUUCUAUUUGGAAAUAAAUAAUACACCGCCAAUUCUUUUAAUAUCAAAAACUAUAAAUAAAUAUGCAAUCCAAAUUUCGUUACCUACAUUAAACUAUGUUGGAACUGCCGCUAUUCGUGUCCAUCAAACGACCAAGGGAAGUGAUUUCGCCAACUUGAAAAUUGAAUUUUAUACUCAUUCACUCGAUUUUUUAACGAUUUCUCAAAUUUAUUUAAGUCAGAUGAAUGUUUUAAUAAAUUUAUUAAAGAAAGAAAAAGUUUCUUCUGAAACGAUUGAUGAUGAACUAAAUGCGGAUCUUCAAGAAGGAGAUAUACCGACUAGAGCUUUUGAACAAUUAUUUGAAAUUUAUAAUCAGAGUGAAGCAGAAUCUCAAAGCAACUCAGAGUGCCCUUCUCUUUUACAUUUGGCCGCUAAAUAUGAUCUAAAGAAAGUGGCAAAAACGCACACAAACUUACCAUAUUUCAGUUCAGCUCAUAAUCUUAAGAAUAAAGAUAAUAUGAAUCCUGCAGAAAUUGCGACAAAGCAUAAUUUUCGUGCCUUAAGUAAACUUUUCGAUGACCGAAGCAUUUACGAGGAGAAAGCUAAUUGUUUUUAUGUGGCAAUGGCUAAAGAAAUGUUUUCUUCAACCAAUUACGAAUACACAUAUAUUGUAGAAUCCAGUGAUGAAGAUGAAUACGUGAAUAUGCCUCCACCCAUUACAAUGACAGAAACUCCUCCUGCCCUACCGCCACCAUUAUAUCCGAGGAAACCGAAAGUAGAAAUAUCAACGCUUCGUAAAAAAUGGGAAAAUAGGGAAAUUAGCGACGAAGAGGCAAUUCAAAAAUAUCAAGAGCAAAGGCCAAAUUCAAAUUCAGAACCACAGCAGGAAUUUUCCCCCUUAGCCAGUAUUUUAAAAAUCAAAGAAUUAAUUAGACGUCGAAUAUUCUUUAAAACUUAA